AUCUGAGACUUCGGGGAUUGCCUGGUGUCACUAAGCAUCUGCUGGUGCUGGAGGUGGCUGUCUGCCUUCUUGCCGUGUCUAACGAAGUAGAAACGAGCACAACUAAUGGUCAGCCUGACCAACAGGCUGCACCAAAAGCACCAUCAAAGAAGGAAAAAAAAGGCUCUGAAAAGACAGAUGAGCAUCCUUUGGCCAGAUUCAAAGGUGAUGGUGUAAAAUACAAGGCCAAGCUGAUUGGCAUUGAUGAUGUGCCCGAUGCAAGAGGGGAUAAAAUGAGCCAAGAUUCUAUGAUGAAACUAAAGGGAAUGGCGGCAGCUGGUUGGUCUCAAGGACAACACAAACAAAGGAUCUGGGUCAACAUUUCCCUUUCUGGGAUAAAAAUAAUUGAUGAGAACAACUGGGGUAAUAGAGCAUGAACACCCAGUAAAUAAAAUUUCUUUCGUUGCCCGUGAUGUGAUAGACAACCAGGCGUUUGGUUAUGUGUGUGGAGGAGAAGGCCAGCAUCAGUUUUUUUGUCAUAAAAACAGGACAACAGGCUGAGCCAUUAGUUGUUGAUCUUAAAGACCUCUUUCAAGUUAUCUACAAUGUAAAGAAAAAGGAAGAAGAAAAGAAAAAGAUGGAAGAAGCCAACAAGGCACUAGAGAACAGGAGUGAGACCCUACUGACCCUUGAUGACCAAGCUAACAAACUAAAAUUGGGUGUUGACCAGAUGGAUUUGUCUGGGGACAUGUCUACACCUCCUGACCUAAAUAGUCCAGCAGAAAACAAAGAUAUCCUGUUAGUGGAUCUAAACUCUGAAAUCGACACCAAGCAGAAUUCUUUAAGAGAAAAUCCAUUCUUAACAAAUGGCAUUACCUCCUGCUCUCUUCCUCGACCAAAGCCUCAGGCACCUUUCUUGCCUGAAAAUGCCUUUUCUGCCAAUCUCAACUUCUUCCCCACCCCUAAUCCUGAUCCUUUCCAUGACGAUCCUUUUGCACAGCCAGACCAAUCGACACCCUCUUCGUUUGAUUCUCUCAAAUCUUCAGAUCAGAAGAAAGAGAAUUUGAGUAGUUUGUCUACUCCACUGAGUAACAGGCCUCUGAAUGGGGAUGUUAACUACUUUGGUCAGCAGUUUGACCAAAUCUCUAACCUGACUGGCAAACAGGAAGCUCAGGCAGGCCUGUGGCCCUUUUCAAGUACACAAACACAGCCAGCAGUGAGAACUCAAAAUGGGGUAUCUGAAAGAGAACAGAACGGCUUCCAUGUCAAAUCCUCCCCGAAGCCUUUUGUGGGAAGCCCUCCCAAAGGACUGUCCAUACCGAAUGGCGUAAAGCAGGACUUGGAAAGCUCUGUCCAGUCCUCACCACAUGACCCUAUAGCCAUUAUCCCACUUCCACAAAGUACCAAACCAGGACGAGGCAGAAGGACUGCUAAGUCUCCAGCAAAAGACUUGCUUGCAUCAGACAUCUUUACCCCUCCCAUCUCAGAACUUCCCAGCCAGACAUCACCUACAGGACAAUCUGCAACCCUACAGACCAACCCUCUGGAUCUCUUUAAAACAAAUGCUUCUACCCCAGUGGGACCCCUUGCGGGUUUAGGUGGUAUACCAGUUAGCAUCCCCCCUCCCCCCCCCCCCCGGCCCCAGGCAGGACCAUGGAAUCCAACAUCUUUAGUCUUCAAUCAGUCCAUGUCAGUGGUACCGGGAGCCACGAUGAGUGCCCGAGCCCGCGCCGCCCGCCGAGCCCCGGAGCCCGAGCGGAGCGGCGGAGCCGAGACGGCGGCGGCGCCCGUGGGAUGCGGGGAUCGCGCCCCCGGGGCCGCUGAGCCUGCGCCCAGUGCCCCGAGCCCCGCGCCGAGCCGAGUCCGCGCCGAGCCUCAGCCGCCCAUCCCGGGGCCCGGGCCGGGGGACCAGCAGAGCCCCAGCCUCAUCGACCUGGGCCCAGAGCAGGAAAGUGGUCCAAAGAGCUCCUCAGAGCCAGAGUGCCUGCCCUCUGCUGCCCAGCCCUGCUGCCUGCUUCGGGGCCCAUCCCCGGGAAGAAUCCAGGCCCUUCAGCCCAUUCUCCCAUCCUCCGACUAA